GUACUCCCCUGGAGGCGUGAAGAACAAUGAAUUGUGCAGUAUCUUCUUUACCGACUUCCUGAAUCAUUCAAAAUCUCUCUUCACCGGCUCCAGAAGAAUUUCACACGUUCGCCGGCAUUUGAGUGUUUAGGCCGGGGUGAAAAAAAAAAUUGUAAACAGUCCGCAUAAAACCACGAUAGGACAAAGGUGAAACCUCAACAAUGAGUCCACGGGUCAGCAAAAAUAUGUUGUUCAAUGCACAUAUUUUCACCAUAAAUGGUUCUCCCAUGAGAUUUUAUCUGGAAGGAUACGACGAGUCUCAGUGUCAUCAGAUUUCAAAGAUUAUCGAGGCACAUGGAGGGAAAUUCUCGUUCCCCGACACCAACACCAUCAUUUUCUCAGAACCUGGCCGAUACACACACACUAAUCGUCGUAAAUUCCACAUUAAAUGUCUGCGAGACAGUAUUGUAGACAAUAAGCUACAAGAUAUUAAUAAAUAUUCACUGCCCUGGAGAAUAAAUCAGAGCCGGAAAAACUCUUCGUCAAAAGAUACACUGAGCAAAUCGGGAAUCGGUGAGACGUCCUUGAAGAAAUCCUCUCAUUCCACUGAAUUAAAAAGGAAAGUCAACAAUUAUUCACUCCCAGAACCGUACAUUCUCAUUGAAGAUUGUCUCACGACUCAUCCAGCCACCAAACAGCAGAGACUCAGCAGUUCAUGUGUAACUGGAUCACAGGGGAGUAAAAAAGAUAGCGAACAAUCGAGGGUAAUAUCAAGUUUCAAAGAUGACGUGAGUCCCUCGUGUGUUCCACCCAAAACAGCUGACAAAUCAUCUUCAACUGCUGUUAAGCCCCCAAAAUCACAAGCGAAACGUCCCCUAAAUUUUCGAUCUUGUGGCCUUUCUCGACGUUCAAAAUCUCUUCUGGAAGCCCCACCGCUUGAAUCGAACGAUAAAAAACGAAUUCCAGAGGAUUUGCCAUUAGCUCAAUUGCGGAAAGCAGAGAGUGUGGAAAUUAUUGCAGAAAUGGAGAAACAGUCACCGGCUGAAGUGAUUUUGAUAAGUGAUUCAGAGGAUUGUUGCAAUGAAAACACAGGGGAAAAAAAAUCUGAAAGCCAGAACUCUCGAUCGACAUCGGCGCCGUUGGCGGAUAGUGAAAUCGACGGGCAAAAUUCAACUUUGAACUUUGAGCUUCCAAAUUCGUAUGCUGUUUGGUCCAAGGCUGGACCACCAGGACCCCCUCAUCUCAGUGAUGGUGAGGGACAGAGAAAGAGCGCAGAAAUUUUGGACACCAGGAAAAUCAAAAAGGAGAAGGAUUCUGAGGGACCGAGGACUAGGGGGCGGACACGCUUUCGAUACGAUGAGUGCAACACUUCUGACUCAGAUGAAUCAGAUGUGAGAAAGACCAGAAGCAAGACGAAGGGGAGAAAGAAUUCUUAUGAAUGGGAUAGAAGUUACAGUUCCAAAAACUCGGGGAGGAGAAUCAAGUACACCAAGGAAGACAAUCAAAAGAUGAUUCGGUAUUUGAUUGACAAUGACUUGAUUAAUAAAUCCACUUCACUCCACGUCUGGAUUAAAUUUUCAAUCAAGAAGAUUCUCAGAAAUUCAACUCCGAGCGCAAAGUCUCUGCAGAGACACUUUGAAGACCAGGUGAUCUUCAAUUUUGAAAAAUACACUGACGAUCCAAUUGCCAUAGAGGCAUUUAAAAAAAUCAGAGAUAAUUUAAUUUAAUUCAUUCCCUGAUAAAACGACAAGAAACAUUACCAUUGGAGUAAAAUAAUUCUGAGGUAUCAUUCCGUACAAAAAAUUGUUUUGUGCAAUAAGACUUUUUAUUUGAUUGAAGGUAUCAGUGAUACAAAUGAUUUGAAACAGAAGAUUAUAACGAGAAAAAUCCUUAAAUUUUAGUUUAGAAAAUCCACAUUAAUAUUUUCUAUCAGUUUU